UACACAGUGUAAACGUAUUGUAAAAGAUUCAACUGUGAGGUUUUGUCGGGAUUUUUAUUCUGGGUUUACUGGGAAUAACUUUGAUGACAUGUGCUGGGUGAUGUAUUGCGGUAAAGAUGGCGGCACCUGUUCCUAUAAUAUUGCGUACGAGAUGACGAGCUGUGGAAACAAUAAGUGGUGUGAGAAAGGUCUAUGUGUAUUCAAUGCUAAUGCUCCUCAUAGAUAUAGCUUAUGUCCCCAAGGCGACGAUCCCACAGCUGGUUGUGACCGCACUCAAUGCGCUAGUUACGAUUCCUUCAAACGUCACUACACAUGCUGCGCUUCUUGCACUUCUGAAACCAGCCCAGAAACAAGUCUUAUUACGUCACCUACUACAUCCCCUAAAACGAGUCCCACAACGAGCCCUACAACAUCACCAACUACAAGUCCAACAACAUCACCUACUACAUCCCCAACUACAAGUCCCACAACAUCCCCAUCUACUAGUCCUACAACGUCCCAAACUACAAGUCCUACAACAUCACCAACUACAAGUCCUACAACAUCCCCAACUACAAGUCCAACAACAUCCCCAACUACAAGUCCAACAACAUCACCUACUACAUCCCCAACUAGAAGUCCAACAACAUCACCUAUUACAAGUCCUACAACAUCACCUACUACAUCCCCAACAACAUCACUUACUACAAGCCCUACAACAUCUCCUACUUCAAGUCCUACUACCAGUCCAACAACAUCUCCAACAACAAGUCCUACAACUCCACCCACAAACCCUAUUAUUGUUCCUGUAAGCGAUAUAACAUCUCCUACUACAAGUCCUACAACUUCACCUACUACAAGUCCAACAACAUCACCUACUGCAUCCCCAACUACAAGUCCUAAAACAUCACCCACUACGAGUCCGACAACAUCACCUACUACCAGUCCUACAACAUCACCUACUACAUCACCCACUACAAGCCCAACACCAUCUACUACAAGUCCUAUAACAUCACCUACGACCAGUCCAACAACAUCUCCUACUGCAAGUCCAACAAUAACACUUACUACAAGUCCUACAACAUCACCUACGAAGAGCCAAACAAUAUCCCCUACUACAAGUCCAACAACAUCACCUAUUGCAAGUCAAACUACAUCACCAACAACAAGUCCAACAACAUCACAUAUUACGAGUCAAACAACAUCACCCACUACAAGUCCUACAACAUCACCCACUACAAAUCCAAUUACUGCCAGUCCAACCACAAGUCAAAGGACAUCACCUACUACCAGUCCAACAACAUCACCCACUACAAGUCCCACAACAUCGCCUUUUUCAAGUCCAGCAACAUCACCGGUUGUUGCAGCUGUAAGCGAUAUAACACCAACCACUACACGAUCUACUACAUCCCCAAUAACGAAUCCGGGUAUUGCAACUAUUUCGUCUAGAGUUCGUUAUGUGGAGCGUGUAUGCGUACCAGUUUCUAAUAUAAAUAACUUAAAUAACUUCAAUGGAAAUGUCUUGAAUGAAAGACGAAGACUGUUAAUGGAACGUUUCAAUAGACUCAGAUUCUGGGGUUAA